UCCCUUGCCGCCAUCUUGUUUACUAUCCGCUGGUGGGAAAAGAAGCAGUCCAGUUGAAAGCGAACAUUCUGCUCUCAUCACUUUAUUGAUGUGCUAUAUUAUAUUCUACCGAUAAUUUGGCAACAAAGGUGAACCGCAAACAUGAGUGAUGUUGAUCCAAACAAAUUAAAAGUUGCAGAAUUACGAGAAGAAUUGAAGAACCGAGGACUGGACACUAAAGGGACAAAAGCUGUUCUGGUGAAGAAACUUAAAAAAGCUUUAAAUGACGAAGCAGGAGGUGCAGCUGCAGAUGAAUCCUUAACAGAAGAAACUUCCCAUGACGAUUCCUCACAAGAUGGUGGGGCAGCGCUGGAUGACAGCUCUCAGGAUAUCACAGAUACCUCAGCAACAGAGGCUCCGCCAGUGGCUGAACCAGAACCUGACCCAGUGCCUGACCCAGUUGAAGAGACAAAACCCGUUGUGGAACCUGAACCUGUAGCAGUUAAAGAAGAACCAGAAAAAAUUGCCUCACCAGUUAAAAAAGCCUCACCAGUUAAGGUAACUACACCUGUUAAGGAGGAGCCCAAGCAAGAAGCUGAAGCUGAACCUGAACCUGAACCAAUGGAUCAGACCCCAUCUGAAGAAGUCAAUGAGGAGGAAGAGAAAAAGCUGUUAGGAGAAACAGAUGAAGAGGUUCCUGCCGUUGAAGAGCUUACAACAGUUGACGAAGCAACAUAUGAGGAUGAUGAAGCAAAAGACGACGAUAAAAAAUCCAGUGAAAACAAAAGAAAACGAUCCCACUCACAUGACAAACAUCGUAGUCGGUCAAGGUCACCACGAGAUCGAAGAAGGUCACGAUCACCAAGAGAUAGAAAGCCUCGAAGUCCCAAGAAAGUUGUUAUGGAAGAUGAGGCUUGGGAGUCUUCUACACAAGUGCUUCUUGAUAGAUACAACAGUGAUCUGAACUUGAAGAUUGGAGAGACCAACCUUAAGGCUGAACCCCUUACCCACGAUGGGUUUGCCAUGAUGUGGGCUGGAGCCAGAGCAAUGUAUGGUGUAUCCAAAGGAAAAGUUGCCUUUGAAGUAAAACUAUGUGAGAACAUGUACCUCGAUCAUGUCGGCCAGGAGGAAACAAACCCACAUGUAGCCAGGGUUGGCUGGUCCAUGGACUCGACAUCUUUACAACUUGGUGAGGAGCCCUUCUCCUAUGGCUAUGGUGGUACUGGGAAAGCAUCAGUUGACUGUAAAUUUGAGGACUACGGAGAAAAGUACACCGCUGGAGAUGUCAUCACAAGCUACAUUGAUUUUGAAGAUGCAGAAACUGUCUUCUUCUCCUAUGCCAAGAAUGGUGAAGAACUAGGGGUCUGCUUCUCUAUUGAAAAAUCAACACUUGGAGACAAUACUCUGUUUCCUCAUGUCCUUACGAAAAACACAUCCUUUGAGGUCAACUUUGGAGCACAGGAAGAACCAUGGUUCCCUCUGAAAGAUGACUUUGUGUUUAUAGAAAAGGUAGAGGAUAAGGUUAGAGGAACACUACCACCAGCCAAGAAGGAAGAUUGCCAGAUAAUAAUGAUGGUCGGUCUGCCUGGAUCUGGGAAGACCACAUGGUGUGAAAAAUACAGAUCAGAGAAUAUGGACAAGAAGUAUAAUAUACUGGGAACCAACAACAUCAUCGACAAGAUGAAGGUGAUGGGACUACCAAGAAAGAGAAACUACGCCGGCCGCUGGGACGUCCUAAUUGACCUUUCUACCAAGUGUCUCAACAGAUUGCUGGAGGCAGGAGCAAGCAAAAAGAGGAACUACAUUCUGGACCAGACAAAUGUGUAUGCAUCAGCCAGACGACGUAAGAUGCAGCCUUUUGAAGGUUUUCAACGCAAAGCUGUUCUGAUAGUUCCAUCUGAUGAAGAUUUCAAAAUACGCAUUGAGCAGCGAGAGAAGGACGAAGGAAAGGAAGUACCAACUAGAGCAGUACUUGAAAUGAAAGCCAACUUCUCCCUGCCAGAGGAGGGUGUGCUGUUUGACGAGGUGCAGAAAGUUGAGCUAGAUGGUGACGAACUCAAGGAGCUUAUCCAGAAAUACAACAAAGAAGGAAAGGAUGCCCUCCCACCACCAGAGAAAAGACACAGGGAAAGUCGUUUUGGAAACAUUGAGCGACGUGACAGCAGAGGCAACGAUCGGUAUGGUGGCAAAGACAACCGCGAUCGUGGUUACCGUAACGACAGACGUGGUGGCUACGGAGGUGGUGGUGGUUAUGGAGGUGGCUACGGAGGCAAUAGAGGUGGCUACCAAAGAGGUGGUGGUGGUGGUGGAGGUGGUUACAACAGGUAUGAUAACCGCCACAAUGACAGACGAGAUGACCGUAAUGACCGUAGGAUGUCUGGUGGUAGUGACAGGCGCUCUGGUGGCAGUGACUGGAAGGGUCGGGAUCGCAAUGACAGGAACUCCAGUAAAAGCUACGGAAACAAAUCACAAGGAUGGGGUAACCAGGGCAGCUGGGGAAACCAAGGAAGCUGGGGCAACCAGGGAAACUGGGGAGCUCAACAACAACAAGGAGGCUACGGGCAAUGGAACUAUGCUCAGGGAGGACAGAACUACAACUGGACGGGACAGAACAACUGGAACCAGGGAUACUGGCAAGGGUAUAACCAGUCAGGAGCAACCGGAAACACAGGAAACAACACGGCAGCAUCUAACUACAGUCAGUGGGGAUCAUACAGUGGCUCAAACUACCAGCGCUAAACCCUGCAUGUUCUCAACGGUGUAUAUAUAUAUGUGUCAGAAAUCAUGUGCAUUUUACAUCUUAAUUACAUUCAUCACUCAUUGUGGCUCCGUCUAUCAAUUGUCGUCACCCUGGAGAUAAUACAUAGUCAAUUUAUAUAUCGUUUCUGUGAUUGGUUGUUUUUUUUUGUACUUUUUAUCAGAUUUUGUGUAUUUAGUGUGGAUGUAUGCAAGACAUCAGGAAGAUUAUUCUAUAUAGUGCACCAACCAAGUGAAGGGAAUGGAAAUGGAAAAUUACUAUGUUGAAGAGAAACUUCAGGAUACAUUAAUCAACGCAUCAAAUUUUGUGGGUUUAUAGCUGUUUUGAUGUUAAGUACAUUUUUUUUUUUUUGUUAUAAAAUGACCAAAUAAACAGUCUCUGUGAAUUUC